GACAGACCUAGUGUGAGAGAGGAGAAAAAGGAAAACACAGUUAUAUAUAUAUAUAUAAAUAUAUAUAUAUAUACACUCACACAUAUAUAUUUAUAUGUAUGUGCAUAGAGAGAGAAAGAGAAAGGAAAUAUAGAUAGUGAAACAGAAAGAGGAAGUAAGAUUGGGUAAUUGUGAUUCUGUGUGUUUGUGUUUGUAUGUAAAAGAGUGAGAGAUUGACAGAGAGAGAGAGAGAGAGACAGAGCGGGGGAGAAGGCAGGAGUGUGUAGUGUUAGACAGGAGAGCCAGAGUAAAAGAAAAAAAAACAAAAAUAGGUGAUAGUGAAAGAGAGGGAGAGAGAGAGAGAGGAAAAUGAAAGAUAGUGAAAGAAGACAAGAGGAAUAUAUAUAAAUUUUGUUGGACGAGAGAGAAGGAGCGAGAGAGAGGGAGAGAGAGAAGGAGAGUGAGUGAGUGAGAGAGAGAGAGAGAGCAGAGACAGAAAGGAAAGGAGGAAGAGUUUAAAAAUUACCCCUACAGAAAAAGGAUAAAAAAAGGCCCACACACACUCCCCUACAAAAUGUGGGGGGGUGAACUUAUUAAGAGGAAGAAAUAUACCUCGACCAAACUGGAUUUAUGGUUUAAAAAUACCAGAAGACAAGGUGGAGUUCACGAAAUUAACAAAUAAUCAUAUAUAUAUAUAUACAUAUAUAUAUAUGUACCAACAAGGAAAAAAAUGACAACAAAGAGCAACAACAAUGGAAAUUAACACGGUGUAUCUAAAAUAAUAAUAAUAAAAAUAAUAAUAAUAUUGCUGAUAAUAAUAAUAAUCCAUCAAGCAUGAAUGAAGAGGAAGGAAUUUGAGUUUCUACCAUCAUUUUCUUUGGAAUACGAUACUUACCAAUGAAUGUAUUCUUCUUAUAUAUAUCUUUGAUUGACUCAAGACUUGCUUAGUUAAGAAAAUGCACCAUUUUGAAGAAAGGCUAAACCAAUGGACUGUGUUAAUUCUGUGCCUUACUGGUGGAUUUAUGUCGGAUAAUGAUUUCUAUCCAGUUAACCGGUUCAUUACCAGGAUCUCUCCAGAAUUUGGCUGUGAGAUAUCCACUAUAAGCCACCACGGAGACUCACAGAGAAAUGGCUCUUUGCACUCACCGAACUGGCCAAAUCUUUAUCCUAACAGCAUUUGUCACAUAUAUAAGUUUACAGGAAGGAAAUCAGAGCGAGUAAAACUUAACUUUACAUCCUUCAAUGUCCAAGGAAUUCCACCCAUGUGCUCCCAUGAUUACCUUGAUAUUUAUGCUGAAUUGCAAAGUGAUUCUGAUAGUCUUCUAGAUGCUUCCUUGACAGGUCGCUUCUGUGGAGAUGUUCUUAAAAAUCUCCCGCGACUUGUAAUUUCAUCAAGAAAUGUUCUCAUGCUCGGCUUCUAUACUGAUGACUACAAAGCCGAUAAGGGAUUUUCUGUAUCCUACGAAUUUAUUGAUGGCACUGUUUAUGAUAUCGGUGCUGUUGCACCAGAUACGUACUGUGGCUAUACAAUACGAGGUGAAAACAAACCUACUGGAUACAUAGUAUCACCGACAUACCCUGGCAUUUAUCCAGACAACUUAUUUUGCUACUAUAAGCUACAAGGGAAACCAAAACAACGGAUUAGAUUAAAAUUUGAAGAUUUCUCACUAUUUCAUGGUGGAGAGUAUUGUCCGUUUGACUACGUCAAAAUAUAUGACGGGUAUAGUAAAGAGGAUCCUGUCAUUGGAGUAUUCUGUGGACAUUACAAGAACUUGACAUUAUUCUCUUCAAAGGAAGCACUUUAUAUUGAAUUUAAAACUAGAAGUGGACGAGUCAGUUUUGACCACCAUGCAUUUGAUGCAAAUGCUGAUUUUAAGUUUGAACGAAGAGGUUUCAAUAUCACUUAUGAAUUUAGUAAACGUUUCGUUAAUCUAAGUUUUAUACCGAAAGAUGCUACACAUAUCCUUGGAACAGAAUGUGACGUUCGAGUUGUAAGUUCAAAGGAAUCAAAUGGUACUAUAUCCUCUCCAGGUUACCAUAGCAACUUUCCAGCCAAUGUGACCUGCCAUUAUUAUAUUGAUGGUUUGAUGGAUAAACAAAACUUAGAAAAGGCUCGCAUUAAAUUUAUGGACUUUGACAUUCCUGGUUCUAUGCCAUAUUGCAUGCUUGGUUACUUGGCGGUGAACCUCAAGGGACAAAUAAGCUCCAAGAAAUAUCAUGAUAAGUUCUGUGGAGAGCUGUUACCUCCAGAGCUAACCAGCGAAAACCCACGCUUAGUACUCAUUCUGAACACUCAUGGGGCUGUUCGAGGUAGAGGAUUUCUGGCACGCUAUGAAUUCAUCACUGAUUAUAACAUCCCAGGCGAAGCAAUCAAAGAUGGUGUGUGCAGUUUUUUGUAUGAUAGUAAGAAAACUAAAGAGGGAUCAUUCAACUCCCCUCGACAUCCUGGCCUUUAUUUUAUCAACCUUGAUUGUAUUUAUAUUUUCCGAGGAAAAUCAGACGAAAAGAUUGCAAUUUCCUUUGAGGUAUUCAACUUACCCAACAAUGAUCCUUUGACUUGUAAAGCAACAGAUUACUUAGAAAUUUACCAACAGCUAGAAGGACCUAACAACUAUUCUGUAAUCCGACGCUACUGUGGAAAAAACAAUCCUGGUCCAAUCCUAACCGAGAAAGGAGUGAAAAUUUUGUUUCACUCUGAUGACGAUGGAACAGACAUGGGUUUCCGUGCCAGAUACAAAUUUAUUCGAAAUGAUGAAGUAAACAAAGAUACAGAUUGCAGCAACACUGAAUUAGUCAAUGAUAGAUGGGGAGGUUUAAUCCAGAGUCCAGAAUAUCCUUUAAAAUAUAAACCAGUUACACAUUGUGAAUGGCAAAUCCAAGCAUCUUCAAACAAUAGUAAAAUUUUACUUCAGUUUACAGUUUUUAAAUUAGAAGGCCCAAGUAGUCUAGACCAAAAGGAAAACAAUGAAGGAUGCCCUCACGCAGUGGUAAGAAUAUACUCCAAUUCUCAUGGAAUUAAGCCAGAUCAGGAGCUCUGUGGUUCAUGGAAACAAGGAUAUUCCUAUGUAGUAAAAUCCCACGCCAUAAAAUUGAGUUUCCUAAGUUCUAGUCGGUCACUUGGUGCAAAAGGCUUUCGGCUAUCUUGGACAGAAAUUAGAGGAUCGGGAAAAUGUGAUGGCUUCAAGUGUGUUAAUAAUGGGUACUGUAUUGCACCACAGUUAAAGUGUAAUAAUCUUCCAAAUUGUGGGACAAAAGAUAACUCAGAUGAAAGUACAGAAGCUGCACAAUGUCCAGCAACAGGGAGUAUACAAAUUCUCCAUAUAGCUGUAGGGACAUCUAUAUCAUCAUUCUUCUGUAUAAUUUUGGUGAUAUGUGGAUUUUAUCAUCGGAAAAAAUUUGGCGACCGCAAGCCACCUGAACAAGAUCAUGUGGAAGUUCGUUAUGUGUCCUCAUCAGGAUGUAAUACAACUGACAGACUCCUAACACAGGAGAGCCCUAAGUGUCAAAGGAUCUCUAUUGUAUGACUAAUGUUAAUGUUAGCUGUUACACAAAACCAACACGACAACCUUGUGAUUGAAAUCCACAGGAUCUGGGCAGUGAUUGCAUUGGCAAUGAUGAUGAUGUUGGAAAGGAAGGUCGUUUACACUGAUACCACUUCUGUUAAUCUCCCUUUUACUUCAGACUUGGAGCUACUUCCAGCUAAACCUUUCAGAACAGCGAAAAAUAUAGCAUUCGUGGUCAGUACUACUAACGUCAACGCCACCACCACCACCACCACCACCACCACCAUCAAUCAGGCCAUCUGGUAUACUAUGUUAUUAUGUACUGGAAUACUAAAUACAUCAACAGUUUGUUGUACACAGGCUGUGAAAAUGAAACUGGGCCAUUUUUUUCAUCAACAUUGGCGUUGUGGACAAUCACUUUCUUGUUGAAUAAAUCCUAUUAGUGGUGGACACUGCAGAUAUGAAAGAACAUUUCAAACUAGCCAAUCAAGAUGUAGGCCAUGUGACAAACCCCUACCCCCUUAAAAUAAAAAAAAAAUGAUAUCACAAAAGAGAGUUAAAAACAGCAACAAAACUUCUUUUUUUUUUUAAAUUCUAUGACUGCUUUUGUAGUCGAUGACAUUUCUGACUUCAACGAGAACAGAAGGGAAAAAGAAUCAGGAGAAAUGAUAUAGAAAACAU